AUAAGAGUAUCUGGUCGGACCUGUUGCUCCCCAGUUCCGUGUUGUGCAAUGGACGGGUGAGUUCAGCGACACAGAGCUAUAACAUCUGUAUCUUUAAUGUGUCUCUAAUGUAUCCGCAGGGGCGUUCAUCUGGACCAACAGGAUAGUUAUAAUAGUGAUUAGAGUGGUAAUAACAGUGGUAAUAACAGUGGUAAUAGGAGUGGUGGGAGUGGAUCCGGUCUCUUCUCUUCCUCUUCCUGCUGCAGGACUCUUCUCUCUGGAUCAGCCUUCCCCUCGAUAUCACAGCUGGUACCAAGAGAGGAUCUGAAGAGCUUUUCUCCUGCGUUCCUCCAGCUCCUCCUAUCAUGAGCUCCCCAGCCAAUGGCAGUGACAGUAAGAAGUUCAAAGUGGAGGUGCAUGGCGGCGUGGCGGCGGGGGCGGGCUCUCUGAGUCGCGUGCUGCACGUGAGGAAGCUGCCGGGAGAUGUGACGGAGCCGGAGGUCAUCUCCCUGGGGCUGCCCUUUGGGAGCGUCACCAACCUGCUGAUGCUGAAGGCCAAGAACCAGGCCUUCAUCGAGAUGAGCUCGGAGGAGGCUGCUCAGACCAUGGUCUCCUACUACUCCUCCGUGACGCCUAUCCUCCGACACCACCCGGUCUACGUCCAGUUCUCCAACCACAAGGAGCUCAAGACCGACAACUCCCCCAACCAAGUGAGAGCCCAGGCGGCGCUGCAGGCCGUCCUGGCUUCCCAGGGGGGGGUCCACGGCCCCCAGGGGGGGGUCCACCCCUCCCUGGGGGGGGUCCACCCCAUGGCCGGCCUGGAGGUCCCGGGGAUGGGGCCCAGUCCGGUGCUGAGGGUGGUGGUGGAGAACCCCUUCUACCCCGUCACCCUGGACGUCCUGCACCAGAUCUUCAGUAAGUUCGGGACUCUACUCCGGAUCAUAACCUUCACCAAGAACAACCAGCUCCAGGCUCUGCUGCAGUACCCCGACGGCAUGACGGCCCAGCACGCCAAGCUGUCUCUGGACGGGCAGAACAUCUACAACGCCUGCUGCACGUUGAGGAUCAGCUUCUCUAAACUCACCAGCCUCAACGUCAAGUACAACAACGACAAGAGCCGGGACUACACCCGACCGGACCUCCCCUCUGGGGACCCCCAGCCCGGCAUGGAGCACCAUGCCAUGGCCUUCACUCCUGGUCUCAUCUCAGCCUCCCCCUACGGAGGCCCCGCCCACGCCUUCUCCCCGGCCUUCACCAUUCAGCAGACAGGUCUGACGGUUCCAGGUCUCCAUGGAGGUCUAGCGUCGUUGGGGUUGCCGACGGCGACCGGGCGUCUGGCGUUCUCCACCCUCCCAGCGGGCCACUCCGUCCUGCUCAUCAGCAACCUCAACCCCGAGAGAGUCGCGCCACACUGCCUCUUUAUUCUCUUCGGGGUGUAUGGGGACGUGGUGAGGGUGAAGAUCCUGUUCAACAAGAAGGAGAACGCUCUGGUGCAGAUGGCUGAUGGGACCCAGGCCCAGCUCGCCAUGAGCCACUUGAACGGCCAGCGACUGUACGGGAAGGCGGUGCGCAUCACGCUCUCCAAGCACAGCAGCGUGCAGCUGCCACGCGAAGGCCACGAGGACCAGGGUCUGACCAAGGACUACGGCAGCUCCCCGCUGCACCGCUUCAAGAAGCCCGGCUCCAAGAACUACUCCAACAUCUUCCCCCCCUCCUCCACCCUGCACCUGUCCAACAUCCCCCCCUCGGUGGUGGAGGAGGACCUGAAGAUGCUGUUCUCCAGCUCGGGGGCCCUGGUGAAGGCCUUCAAGUUCUUCCAGAAGGACCACAAGAUGGCGCUAAUCCAGAUGGGCUCGGUGGACGAGGCCAUCGAGGCGCUGAUCGAGUUCCACAACCACGACCUGGGGGAGAACCACCACCUCCGGGUGUCCUUCUCCAAGUCCUCCAUCUGAGGACCUGGGGGAGAACCACCACCUCCGGGUGUCCUUCUCCAAGUCCUCCAUCUGAGGACCUGGGGGAGAACCACCACCUCCGGGUGUCCUUCUCCACGUCCUCCAUCUGAGGACCCCCAGACCAGCCUUCUAAAGACCCCCCCCCCUUGGACCAGCCUUCUGAGGACCCCCCUCCCCCUUUUACUCAAGGUUCUCCUAUUCAAAGCCCCCCCCGGAGACUGAGGGUCUAGGUCCACAUUGGGGGUCGACACUGGGGGUCCUCCUGGGGGUCCUCCUGGGGGUCCUACUGGGGGUCCUACUGGGGGUGCUGGCAUGUCGGGCGGUGUUGUAGUGUUUGGUGUGCACUUGUCGACUCUCUCUUCGUUUCUUCUGCAUUCCUUUCUUUAUUCUCGUGUGUCAAUCAUUAUUUAAAUCAAACUAGCUGAAAGUUGAAAUCAUUCCUGAAGCCUGAGGGCGGGCCCCGCCCCCCGCCCUCCGGCCGGGGGCGGGCCCUGCCCCCCGCCCUCCGGUUGGCUGUCCAUCCUUGUAGCAGUGCCUCUCUCUGAUUGGUCUAUUUAUACGUUUGAUUCAUGACAGCUGAAACCAAAAAGGCCUUGUGGAGCUUCCUGCCCCGGGACCGCCUGGGCGGGGGGGGGAGG